AUGUUGGCUAAUAACGACGGGCCACGGAUGGAAAUUAUAACCGAACCCUGGUUCGCGGAGGUCAUCCAGCAUCUCCGGCAAACGUUCUUCGCGGAUGAGCCCUUGAACAAGGCCGUGAAUCUGUGUCGGCCGGGUGAUGGGCAUACGUUGCUGGAAAAGCAUAGCCUCUUGAGCCUUCGAGAUGGCAUUAGUGUCAUGGCAGUCACGAACAGUGGGGAGAUAGCUGGCGUCGUCGUUAAUGGUGUGCUUCGUGGGAAUCACGACACGAGCCGUGCCCUGGACAAACUCGACGAGACGGAUGAUGAAAAGUUUCGUAAAAUUUUCACACUUUUGUAUGAGGAAAACCUCAAAAUAGAUCUGUUUCAGCAGUUUGAAGUGGAUAGUAUUUUUGAAAUCCGUAUCCUGUCGGUUGAUUCAAAAUUUCGCGGACAAGGACUGGCCAAGGAGUUGAUGAGAAAAAGCGAAGAAGUGGCACGUUCUAAAGGAUUUCGGCUCAUGAAAACCGACGCCACGGGAAUGUUUUCCCAACGAGUUGCUAGUUCCCUAGGGUUCCUUACUCGGCAUGAGGUGAAAUACGAAGACUAUCUCGAUCAGAACGGUGACCCGGUCUUUCAAGUGGGUGCUCCGCACGAUCGAUUAAAGAUAAUGUACAAAGCCUUAUAUUAA